AAAGCCAUUUUUAGCAUAAUAAUCAUUCUCGCUUUUUGUCUUUGUUUUUCUUCAUUGAAGAUAAGUUUCACGAAAAGCUCUGCUUCGUCUCUUCUACGACGUUAUGGGUCUUCUCUCCAACAGAAUCGAUAGAUCGGGUUUGAAACCUGGAGAUCAUAUCUACUCCUGGAGAACUGCUUACAUCUAUGCCCAUCACGGAAUCUUUGUUGGAGAUGAUAGAGUCGUCCAUUUCACUAGAAGAGGCCAAGAAGUUGGAACCGGGACUGUUCUAGAUCUUAUACUUGUGAGCUCAGGUCCAUCCCGAAACCACACGCAUUGUCCAACGUGUGUUCCACCGAACGAAGGUCACGGUGUUGUUUCCUCAUGCCUAAACUGUUUCCUAGCCGGUGGUGUCUUGUACCGGUUUGAGUAUUCGGUCAACGCUGCUCACUUCCUUGCCAAAGCGAGAGGAGGAACCUGUACACUUGCUGUCGCUGAUCCGAAUGAGAUUGUUGUUCACCGGGCUAAACACCUCCUUCAAAACGGAUUUGGAUGCUACGACGUUUUCAAGAACAACUGUGAGGAUUUUGCUAUAUAUUGCAAAACCGGAUUGCUUGUUCUUGAGGGAAGGACAAUGGGACAGAGCGGUCAGGCAGUGUCGAUUAUAGGUGGACCAAUUGCUGCAGUUUUGUCCACGCCGAUGCGGCUUGUGACUACAAACGUUUAUGGAAUGGCUGCUACUGCGAUUGGUGUGUAUUGUGCGAGUAGAUACGCUACUGAUAUUGGAAUGAGAGCUGACGUCGCGAAAGUUGAAGCAGAGGACCUCACAAGAAGGCUGUCGUCAGGACUUUUCCAAGUACUUGAACCUCCAUUGGCAGUCAUAGCUUUACCAAGCACGAGUUAAUAGAUAAGCUUAAGCUUCCCCAGCUUAUCUCACUGUUGUAUUUUUAGGUUUGCCUUACUUCUAAAACUAUUCAAAUAAGAACACUGCUUUGUAAAACUUUAAUAUUUCUUAUAUGUAAUUGAUCAUGGUAUGAUGCAAACUUAUAUAA